AUGCUGACACCUUCAGAGCAAGACUUGGAUGCCAUGGUGGAGGCAUUGCCCGCUUGGCGAGGUCAACAAUUGGAAGGGGGCGCCAAUGCCGUUCGGCUUCUCUUUACGGCGCGCCGCGAUGAAAUCUACCACCUGCUUUGCCGGAUCGCUUUCAAUGCCAUGGCAUUGGUGCCUGAGGCGCCACUCCGAGCCGGAGGCCGAUGGCGAGAAACGGGUAUUGCCCUUUAUCCCUCUGGAGCUAUGGUCAACCAUUCGUGCAAUCCUUCGUGCAUUUGGUUCGUGCGCGGCGGCCUUCUGGUAUUGGAGGCACAGCGCCGAGUGCGCCGCGGUGGUGAGCUCACCAUCGCCUAUUUGCCCAUUCAUGGCAAUCGCGAGGUUCGUCAGCAGAGACUGCGAAAGGCCUUCGGGUUUCACUGCGCGUGCGCGAAGUGCGCUGCA